CGUCAGGAAGCGAGACGACGAAAAGAGAAAAAGAAGGAAAAGGAAAGAGCUCGAAUAUUAGCUGAAGAGGAAGAACGAGAACAAAGACGUCGAGAAAAGAUAGCACGCAGAUAUCGGGAAAAGAUAAAGAAGAAACGAGAAUUGUAUUUUAAUAUGUGGAAAAAUUUUGACAUUGACGCAUUCUCCACUAUUAAAGCUGAGAACAUUCCUUGGCCUUAUUAUAAUCAGGACGAUGACAACACAAAAAAAAUAUCAAAAGAAGGAAUAACCGAAUUUUUAUUUGAUAAUGAUAGUGCAGAUAUUAAUGAACCAGAUCGUCGUCGAAUACUUCGCCAGGAACAAAUAAAGUUUCAUCCUGAUCGCUGGCAUCGAUGGAUUGCCAAAAUGCAAUCUGAACAAGAGAAAAAUAAGAUCUUAGACAGGGUUAAUAAGAUAUCGCAGAUACUUAAUGCUUUAUGGAAUGAAGUGGUGGAAAAAAGUUGA